UUUUCACUAUUUCAAAUUAGCAGAUUUGCUUGAUUAUCGCAUGUCACAAUGGAAUUUGUAAUACGAAUUACAAUUUUACUUGCCAUCUCAUCCUCUUGGGUGGCUGCCACGGAGAACAAAGAUGUCGAAGCAUGCAUUCAACGAAACAAGGAGAGACGCAGUGGCCGAUUAUGUCCUCCAAUGGGAUACAAAGAUAAAUAUGAGGUAGCUUUUGUACAAAAUUCACCCGUGAAGUACGGAUGCGCCUUCAUAGAACACGACUGGCAAAUAACCGAUGCGCCAUUACUUCAUUUGUGGAUGGAAGAGCAACUUAACGACUCACCCACAUAUUGCAAGAACACAAGUAAUAUGAACCACUACAUUUUUGAGUGCUUGUCAAAAAACGAACCGACCAAUGAGGGAGAGAUUGACCAAGGCUUUCAGUACAUGUCGUUAUUCGAGUAUACACCAAACCCAUAUUCUCAACACAUUAAUAAAUCCAGCAGACUAUCCUACAGAUGUGCUGUGUAUGUCGCUGAUGAUCAUGUUAACUAUGGGGUUGUAGUAAUUCGAAUGGCACUUAGCAAGGGAAAAGCAAAUAAUUUUGAUGUAAGCCAGUGUGAAGGUCUGUCGAAAAUUCUGGUAAAUAGAGAUCUGCCUGACGAUCCAGCGGUGCAACAAAAUUGGCCCGAAGGAGUAACAUAUCUAUUUAUAAUGGGAGACCUCCAGCCCAAAAGACGUAUAACUACUACAACUACUUCAGCUCCUACAACAACUACAGAACCUUUAGAAGAAAAAUACUCAACAUUUUACAAUUUAUUGGGUAUACUAGCGAGAAUCAUGCCCGAAACUUUUGAAUUUGAUGAUUAA